AUGUCGUCCAACUUAUUCAAAAGCACGGUCAAUGAGUAUCUAGAAGACCUUCCGAAGCCUGUUCAGUCCAAGCUAUACGAGGCAUCAGCAACAUGUCUAUCCAUCUAUCGACUUUUAUCACCCAUGGCUAAGUUUUAUAUAAUGUCCAUGAUUUUCAACGAAAAACCUAUUGCUAUGAGAGAUUUAACUAAAUGGUGUAAGCCACUGGCAAAGAAAAUGGAAUUUGAGGCGUUGAAACGAUUGGAACUGUUACAUUUGAUUGAUUAUGAUGGCAAGGGAACUCAUGUUCGGUUGAAUUCCAUCUUCAGAUCAAAUUUUCGAGACUGCCUUACUGGUUCCCAAGAUCCAAACGCUUUUGGGAGUAUAAGUACCGGUGAUGAUGUAGAUAAAGUCGAAAUUUCAUUUUUAGAUAAGUUUGCGUCACACGAGUGGGAGACUAUUUUGCAUUUUAUGGUUGGUACAGAAGGUACACCAACUCCAUCGAGCUCUGUCUUGAGUUUGUUAAAAUUAGGUGGUCUUAUGGAAGGAGAGUCCACUUUGAAUAUCACAAAUACGGGAUUCCAAUUUCUUUUACAAGAUGCGAAUGCUCAAAUAUGGACUUUACUUCUACAAUACUUAAACCUAACUUCAGAGUUGAAUAUGAACCCUGUUGACGUUUUAAACUUUAUUUUCAUCCUUGGCUGUUUGGAAUUGGGCAAAGGAUAUUCGGUGUCGAAUUUGAGUGAGACUCAAGUGAGUAUGCUUGCAGAUUUGAAGGACCUCGGACUAGUAUAUCAAAAGUCAGAUACUUCAAACAAGUUCUAUCCAACUAGAUUAGCGACAACGCUUACGUCUGAUUCAUCGGCUUUGAAGACACCUUCUAUGGCCGUUCAGCAAGCUUUGGAGGAAAACGAGGAGCAAAUGAUGGCAUCUAAUAGCCGAGAAUCAAUCAUUAUUGAAACUAACUUCAAGAUAUACGCAUAUACCAACUCGCCAUUAGAGAUCGCAAUUCUUAAUCUAUUUGUUCAAAUGAAGACGCGAUUUUCAAAUAUGGUUUGUGGCCAAAUUACCAGAGAAUCGAUCAGAAAUGCACUUUACAAUGGAAUUACAUCGGAUCAAAUUAUUAAAUUUUUGGAAACACAUGCUCAUCCUCAAAUGCGAGCGUUGGCCAAGGAGAAAUUGGAUAAAAAAGUGGAAUUUGAUGCCAGCCAUAAUAUCAAUACAGCUGGUGGUGCACCUCAAAGUAAAACUGAUGGGGCAAUAUCCCAACACAAAUUGGAAGUGAUACCACCUAAUGUUGUUGAUCAAAUUAAACUUUGGCAAUUGGAACUUGACAGAAUACAAACGGUUGAGGGAUACUUGUUUAAAGAUUUUGCCAAUCAACAAGAAUAUGACACGUUGUCCAAUUAUGCUACAGAGUUGGGUGUAUUGGUAUGGGGAGAUAAGGUGAAGCGCAAGUUUUUCGUUACAAAGGAUGGUAUGGCACAGGUUGCUGAUUUUGCCAAUCGAAAAUUAAGGGGGUAA